GCAGGCUUAUUAAAUUUAAUUUUCUUUAAUUAUCAACCAAUUUUUUACUGCUAGGGGCUUUCUUCGAGAAAAUGGCGCCGCCGUCAGACGCCAACGAUGUUGACAACGCGGUGGAGCUGAUUGUGUUAGACGAACCUGGAUCCGGAGCUGAUGGUCGCGGAGCACCAGCAUCUGGGGAGAUAACACCUCUCUUGACGCAGCCGGAGAGGCCCAGGAUGAACAGCUUCUCCGUCUCUCAUUCCCGAAGGAAACCUAGGGAGCCCGUGGUAGUAACAGAAACAGAGAUAUCUCCUUUUAUGCAGUUUAUUUUUUGGGUAUGGAAUGGAUCCAGAUACUCUGGUCUGUUAUGCAUGGCCGUAUCAUCUACAAUCUACUUUGUCAUGGAAGUUGUUUCUGAUAUUUUUACUGCUCAGUCAAUUCCUUUAUUUGAGACUGCAUUUAUAAGAUGUACAAUUAUCUUGGUCCUGUCGUAUUUGUGGUUGAGAAGAAGUGGACAGCCAAUAAUUGGAGCCACAUAUCCCAGGAAGAUUUUAGUUUUAAGAGCCGUAGUGGGAUACCUCUCGUUAUCGAGCUUUCUCUAUUGGUGGGUUUCAUUUCAAAUGAUUUCCCUACUGCAUGUUACUACAUUUUGCUUCUACUAUUAACAAUUCCUUUUUCCUACAACAAUUAAUGGAGAAAGAAAAAGGAGAAAGAAAGAAAGAAAGCUAAUAUGCAUGCUGUAAGAUUAUUCAGUCUUUGUCUUUGAAUGCUUUAUAAAGGAUUUCUUCUUGUGAAAGAUGAUAGACAUAUUUUUGAUUGCUAAUUUGAUUUUGAUGAGGAUGUUUUGCUUGACAGCAGUUUCCUAUGUGAGAAAUUUUGGAUAGUUUGGCCGGAAUGAGCUGUGAUUGCAGUACCUUUCUGCUGAUAGUGGUGAUCCAGUUAUCUUUUCUAAUACCUUAGUAUAUAGAGCACUUUGUUAUCAUAAUGUCACAACUCACAAGUUACUGCUACAGUGAACAUAGAUAUAUGUGUAGGCAAUUGUAACAGCACUGUUGCUACUGGUGUGAAUAUUAUUACUAGUAUCUUCCCUCUUUUUGCCAAUCACUAGUUUCCUCCAGUAUGUGGUUUUUGUUUUGUUGCAGCCUCUAUUGUGUUCUGUCUUUAUACUUUCCUAGGUCUAAUUUUUGAUUUGUUAAAUUCUCAUUGUAGUGCUUUCUUGUAUUAGUUUUAUUU